GUCCCUCAGUCGGUCGGGAUUUCGGAACCACGGGAGAAUCACCGGAAAGGGUUUUGGGGAUAAAGCAGUACAUUUGGGAGGAGAUACCAUAUUAUAUGUUCACAUAAACACGCAACGAGCUACUUUAUCCCGUAUUUCACCAUGGAAACUGAACUAUGAGGUGUUGUGUAGUGCAGAAGACUGAGUGAACCAUGGCGCAGUUCCCCACCACAUUCACAGGUCCAGAUGUGUUUCUGAUCUCAGUGGAUGAGAGAGCCAAACAUGAUCAGCAGUUUCUCAGCCUCUCUCCCACUGCGGGGGGUUACAUCACAGGCGACCAGGCCAGGAAUUUCUUCCUUCAGUCAGGUCUGCCUCCUCCCAUCCUGGCCCAAAUAUGGGCUCUGGCUGAUAUGAACAGUGAUGGUCGUAUGGACAUCCACGAGUUCUCCAUCGCCAUGAAACUCAUCAAACUGAAACUCCAGGGUCACCCUCUGCCCCCCGCGCUUCCUCCCAGUAUGAUACAACCCCCACAGAGCAGCUUCGGCAUGCCUCCCAUCUCAGCUCCUCUGUCAGGCGUGCCCCCGCUCCCCCUGCCUCCUCUCCCUGUCGGAGUGUCUCCCCCACUCGUCUCGUCUGCCCCGCCUCCCCUCCCCCCGCCCAUCGCCAACGGAGCCCCUCCCACAGGCAUGAUGCAGCCCAUCUCAGGCUUCCCCCACCCAGCUCCCUCCGUCAACAAGUCUUCUUCCUUUAAUCAAUACAAUACCAAGUUGCAGAAGGGGGCGUCCGUGGAGGUUGCUAGUGUUCAGCCCCCCUGUGAUUGGGCCGUUCCUCAGUCCUCCAGGCUGAAGUACAGACAGCUUUUUAACUCCCAUGACAAGAUGAUGAGUGGACACCUCACAGGUCCUCAGGCGCGCACUAUCCUGAUGCAGUCCAGUCUUCCUCAGGGCCAGCUGGCCACCAUAUGGAGUCUAUCAGACAUCGACCAGGAUGGAAAGCUAACAGCUGAGGAGUUUAUCUUAGCCAUGCACCUCAUAGAUAUGGCAAUGUCAGGGUUACCGCUACCCCCUGUGUUACCACCGGAUUACCUGCCCCCCACAUUCAGGCGUGUACGAAGUGACAGUGUUCAGUCGGACCAAAAGAGCGUCCAGGAGGAGGCGGAGGAGGAGCUGGAGAACCAGAAGCUACCAGUGACGUUUGAGGAUAAGAAGAGGGAGAACUUUGAGCGAGGGAACCUGGAGCUGGAGAAGAGACGUCAGGCUCUGCAGGAGCUGCAGAGGAAAGAGCAGGAGAGGCUGGCUGCGCUGGAGAGAGAGGAGCAGGACAGAAAGGAGCGUGAGCGUCUGGAGCAGGAGAGGAGGCGACAUUACGAACUAGAAAAACAACUGGAGAGACAGAGAGACCUGGAGAGGCACAGAGAGGAGGAGAGACGCAAAGAGAUAGAGAGGAGAGAGACUGCUAAGCGUGAAUUAGAGCGCCAGCGUCAGUUGGAGUGGGAGCGUCAACGUCGCCAGGAGCUUCUGACUCAAAGAAACCGAGAGCAGGAGAGUAUCGUGCUGCUCAAAGCCAGGAAGAAGACCCUGGAGUUUGAACUGGAGGCUCUGAAUGAUAAGAAGUCCCAGUUGGAGGGCAAACUGAAGGAUGUUCGGUUUCGUCUGUCAGCUCAGCGGAGGGAGGUGGAGCAGACCAAUCAGACCAGAGAAACACGUAUCGCUGAAAUCACUCUGCUGCAACAGCAGCUGCAGGACUCCCAGCAGUGGUUGGGGAGGCUCAUUCCUGAUAAGCAGUGUCUGAACGACCAGCUGAAACAGGUUCAACAGAACAGUCUGCAUCGUGACAGUCUGUCGUCCCUGCAGAAGGCUGUGGAGCAGAAGGAGAGCAGCAGACAGCAGCUCCGAGAACAGCUGGAUGCUGUGGAGAGAGAGACGAGGGCCAAACUGCUGGAAAUAGACGCUUUCAACACCCAGCUGAAGGAGCUGAGGGAGAUCCACAGCCGGCAGCAGAGGCAGAAACAGAGGGAGCUGGAAGGAGACACACACUCACUGACACACACACACCCUCACAUACACACCCCGAUCGAGAGAAAGUCUGCCGAUCUGCAGGAUGGCAGGUUGUCAUCAGAGGAUGGCAUGUCCUGGAGGGAUGAAGCAACAAGCUCCGUCCCCAACGCUCCUAGCCCCCCCUCCAUCUCUGCCCCUCAUGCCUGGCUAAACAGAGUGACUCAGGAAGAGGAGGAGAGGAAGAGGAGAGGGAUGAUGGAGGAGGAGGAUGAGGAGGAGGAGGAGGAGGAAGAAGAGGGUCCGAAGGGAGCAGCGGGAUCAUCAGAAGAGAAGGAGGAUGAAGGGAGCAGCAAGAAGGAGAUGCAGGAGAAACUGAGCAAGCUGUUCAGCCUGCCGGCCGACCCCUGGGCUUCAUCAGGGGAGAAAGGUCCGGUCCCCAGUCUGUUUGACCAGAAGACACCAGUCAGUAGCUUCGACCAGCAGCAGCCGCCAGUGAAGGUCGUAUACUACAGAGCUCUAUACCCGUUUGAUGCUCGCAGCCAUGAUGAGAUCAGCAUCGCUCCCGGAGAUGUAAUCAUGGUGAAGGGGGAAUGGGUGGAUGAAUCCCAAACAGGGGAACCCGGUUGGCUGGGAGGAGAGCUCCGGGGUCGUACUGGUUGGUUUCCAGCCAAUUACGCUGAACGGAUACCCGACAGUGAAGCACCAAUCAGCCUGCGUUCAACAGUCUCAGCCACACCCACCUCAGCCCAGCAGCCAAUGAGCACGCCUCCCCCAGCUCCUGGACACACCUCCUCCUCCGCGCCCUCCGCCAACAGUAACUGGGCCGACUUCAGCACCACUUGGCCCUCCAGCGCAGCUAGUCAAUCAGAAAGCGAGGGAUGGGACGCAUGGCCGACCUCUUCAUCCAGUCAGAAUCCUUCGCUCAGUGUUCCGUCGGCGCAGCUACGGCAACGCUCCGCCUUCACACCUGCUACCUUGACAACGGGCUCCUCUCCGUCUCCUGUGCUGGGCCAGGGGGAGAAGGUCGAGGGUCUUCAGGCUCAGGCCUUGUAUCCCUGGAGAGCGAAGAAGGACAACCACCUCAACUUCAACAAAAAUGAGAUCAUAACAGUGUUGGAGCAGCAGGACAUGUGGUGGUUAGGUGAACUGCAGACCGGACAGAGAGGCUGGUUCCCUAAAAGUUACGUCAAGCUCAUCUCCGCCACCAUGACGCCCCCCCCUGGUGCCACAGCACGCAGCAAAAACACUAGUGAGUCGGUAGUGUCGGACAGCCCGCCCAAUGGAAAGCGCCCCUCCCCUUCGCCAACGAAACCCUCUGAUUCUGGAGACGAGUACGUGGCCAUGUACACCUACGAGAGCAGUGAACAGGGAGACCUGAGCUUCCAGCAAGGAGAUGUCGUCAUGGUGACCAGGAAAGAAGGGGACUGGUGGACGGGAAUGGUCGGCGGCAAGAUCGGAGUCUUUCCUUCAAAUUAUGUCAAACCACGAGACUCGGCCUUAGAGCCUCUGGGACCAGCGGGGAAGACGGGCAGCCUGGGAAAGAAACCAGAGAUCGCUCAGGUGAUCGCCCCCUACAAUGCUACAGGAGCAGAGCAGCUGACGUUAGCUCCGGGGCAGCUCAUCCUCAUCAGAAAAAAGAACCCGGGGGGCUGGUGGGAGGGUGAGCUCCAGGCCCGGGGGAAGAAGCGCCAGAUAGGUUGGUUUCCGGCCAAUUACGUGAAGCUGCUCAGUCCCAGCACCAGCAAGACGACGCCCACAGAGCCCACCCCCCCGAAACUGGUUCCUUCCAGCACAGCUGUGUGUCAGGUGAUCGGCAUGUACGACUACGUGGCCCAGAACGACGACGAGCUGGCCUUCCUGAAGGGUCAGGUGAUCACGGUGCUCAACAAGGACGACUGUGAUUGGUGGAAAGGAGAGCUGAACGGGAGGGAGGGUCUGUUUCCCAGCAACUACGUCAAACUCACCACGGAUACUGACCCGAGCACACAGUGGUGCGCUGACCUCCACCUGCUGGACAUGCUGAGCCCGACGGAGAGGAAGAGGCAGGGAUACAUCCACGAGCUGAUCGUCACCGAGGAGAACUACGUCAACGAUCUGCAGCUGGUCACAGAGAUCUUCCACAAACCUCUGCUGGAGUGCGAGCUGCUGACGGAGAAGGAGGUGGCCAUGAUCUUCGUCAACUGGAAGGAGCUCAUCAUGUGCAACAUCAAACUGCUCAAGGCUCUGAGAGUGAGGAAGAAGAUGUCAGGUGACCGGAUGCCGGUGAAGAUGAUUGGUGACAUCCUGACCAACCAGCUGCCUCACAUGCAGCCAUACAUCAGAUUCUGCUCGUGUCAGCUGAACGGAGCCACGCUGAUUCAGCAGAAAACGGACGACAGCCCUGAGAUCAAAGACUUCCUGAAGAGGUUAGCCAUGGACCCCCGGUGUAAGGGGAUGCCUCUGUCCAGCUUCCUGCUUAAACCCAUGCAGAGAGUCACACGCUACCCGCUCAUUAUUAAGAACAUUUUAGAAAAUACUCCCGAGUCACAUCCAGACAACAGCCACCUGAAAGCUGCACUGGAGAAAGCAGAGGAGCUGUGCUCACAGGUGAAUGAGGGCGUCAGGGAGAAGGAGAACUCGGAUCGUCUGGAGUGGAUUCAGGCUCACGUGCAGUGUGAAGGCCUGUCUGAGCAACUGGUGUUUAACUCCGUCACAAACUGUCUGGGUCCCAGGAAGUUCCUCCACAGCGGGAAGUUGUUCAAAGCCAAGAGCAGCAAGGAGCUGUACGGCUUCCUGUUCAACGACUUCCUGCUGCUGACGCAGGUGACCAAACCUCUCGGCUGGUCGGGCUCGGACAAAGUCUUCUCCUCCAAAACACACCUGCAGUACCGCAUGUACAAGACGCCGAUCUUCCUGAAUGAAGUUUUAGUGAAGCUGCCAACAGACCCGUCAGGAGACGAACCUCUGUUCCACAUCUCUCACAUAGACCGCGUCUACACACUCCGAGCGGAGAGCAUCAAUGAAAGGACGGCGUGGGUUCAGAAAAUUAAAGCAGCUUCAGAACUCUUCAUUGAGACGGAGAAGAAGAAGAGAGAGAAGGCGUAUCUAGUGCGUUCUCAGAGGGCUACAGGUAUCGGCCGACUGAUGGUCAACAUUGUGGAGGGAAUUGAGCUCAAACCCUGUCGCUCUCAUGGGAAAAGUAACCCAUACUGUGAGGUAACCAUGGGUUCUCAGUGCCAUAUCACAAAAACAUUACAGGACACAUUGAAUCCGAAGUGGAACUCCAACUGUCAGUUUUUUAUAAAGGACCUGGAGCAGGACGUCCUCUGUGUCACCGUGUUUGAGCGAGACCAGUUCUCCCCCGACGACUUCCUGGGCAGGACAGAGAUCCGGUUGGCUGAAAUAAAGAAGGACCAGGGCUCGAAAGGACCAAUCACGAAGCGGUUGCUGCUCCACGAGGUUCCCACAGGAGAGAUCGUGGUCAGGCUGGACCUCCAGCUGUUUGAAGAACCAUAACAAAUAAAAAUAAAACCUGGACAGGAUCAUACUGGACUGGAUUGGACCGGGAAGGAACUAAAGAGAGUUGAUGUGGAUCAGACUGGAUGUUUGUUUCUAAGGAGGGAGCUGCAUAAGCUGAGGGAAAGUAUCAGGUCAUACAAUUUAUAUUAAAGCAUGAGAAGCACUUUUUAGCAUUUAGCUGCGAGUCAAUCCCAUAAAACAAUACUGCAGUCUGAACACAGUGCACAUGUUCCGCUUUCCAAACACGGUUCUAACCAGUCAGCACAAAGUAGAACGUUUUGAGAUUACAUAUCAGUUUUCUAAAAUUAACAUUCAACCUGGAAGCGGAUGUCUGCAGGUUCUGAUGAAAUCUCUUACUCUUCAAAUGUCUUACGUCCUAGUUUACGUCUUAGCUUUUAUUUUGCUAGUCUUAAAAAUGAAGCUGGUUAGAGAUUGUACUCUUGUACUGGACGCCUCUGAAUUAUGUUGUUUCUUCCACGUCUGUCCUCCUUCAGUCUGCUCCACUUCAGCGUUUAGUCCCAUCCGUGUAAUCCAUUCCAGUCCUCUUGGAGAUCAACCGGGUCGUUACUGUUUUCUCUUCCUCUGCUUCAGCCUCACAGACGCUCCAGAGACAAUCCCAGCUCUCCUUCUUAGUCCCAACAAACCCAAACCCCUGUGAGUGUGUGUGUGUGAGUGUGUGUGUGUGUGUGUGUGUGUGUGAGAGAGAGAGAGACUAAUGGCUGGUGUGAAUGACUGUGUCAAAGUGGACAGGCUAAUUAAAGGUACGGUUCAGUGUACAUUUUUAUUUAAUUUUUUACGUCAAGUCUUACAACUCUCUUAGAGUCUUAAGGUAAACCCUCCUUUCAGCUGGGGGGCCGUGCAUGUAAAGGGACCUUUGUAACUACAAGUGUUGGUCUUUUUUGACUUUCACUGAACACUUGCCACGUCAGAAGAAGCUAAAUAUGUACAGGUUUAAUGAGAAACGAUGCCAAUAAGCAGAAAAAUAGAAGAUUUUACUCCAAUAUGUGACGGUGUGAAUAAAUAUCAAGAAGUCCCUUUCACAUGUAUGAAUUCUAAAAAUAAUAAUAAUGCUGAUAAUAAUGUGCUGAAACGCAGGGAGCGGGUGUGACGGCUAAUUUAAGUUGAAGUACUGUAAAGAAGAAUGUCUUAAUCUUUCUUAUCUUUGUGAUGUUGGACGCACACGGGGUCGUAGUUUUAGGUGAUUUCUGUCACAGCUGUGUUGUUGUGUUGCUGCUGUGUGGAGCUGUCACAGUGGACGUCACUAUGCAGGGGAGGGAAACCCUUAAAAUGCAAAGUACUACUAUGUGUUUUAUAGGAACAGAUUUAGACCAUGUCCACACUCUAACCCUGAGGAAGAUAAGUGCAAAAGAAAAUGAUGUUACUGUGCGUUGGCACUCCCAGCACUUUUAUAACACACACACACACGCUGGUGUUAGAACAGAGCAGGACUCAAUGUUGCACAGUGGCCAUUUUGAAUAGUCAAAGUAGGAAACUUGAUAACAUUUACUGUAUAAAAUAGCUCAUGAUUAUGUUCUUCUUGCAGAAGGAAACAGUACAUUUGUUGGGGACUAUUUUCAGCGGUGGAUUAAUCCACAUUUGCUCUCGUGAGUAUUUGGGGCCGCAUUACGGUGUGUGUCGGACCGCGCACACAGGAAGAAGACGAUACUUGUUAGUAGGAUCAAGAACAAAUAGAAUAUCAUCUGCCAUAUCCUUAUGAAGCUACUACAGGUGUUGCUUCAGCACAUUAUUGACCCGUUUUAAAUGCUCUAGUGGCUGCUUCGCUACAGGCUGGACAGGCUGCAGAGUUUGAGAUCUCAGUUACCUUCACUGAGUAGGGUUUGUCUUUGUCUUUACGGAACAACUACUGGAGGGGUUUAGCACGGCCGAGGAAGAACUCUUUAAAUUUGCCAAAUGAAAAGCUGCACAAGUUGUGAUCAACGCGAUUUGUUUGUUUUUUACAAAUAGUGGAGUCGAAUAGUCACCUGUUAUUUUCUUGUUCUUCACUACUUUGAAAAUAAGGCAUCAAACUAAUUGAACCACUUUAUUUUGAAGCAUAUCAUUCGCUCGAUUUCCUUUCUGGUAAACACACAAACUCAGGAGUUACUUUGAAGGCAGCAUUAAUCUGUCCCAUCAUGAGUAUUCAAAGUGGCCGCUGCUUUAGCCAGUUGGACAGAUAACGUUGCUGUAGAUAUGUUCGUUAGCGAGCUACUUGGCCAGUUAGUCGUUUUAAUUUAAUGCCACGGUUACUGAAUUACCACUGAGACAACCAAUACCUUAGUGACCAGCCACUGUCCAAUCAGGAGUCAGCGAGGCUCGGCCAGCUGCAGCAGCGUGACUGUGGAGGAAGGUGUGAACGAAUGUUUGUGACUGACGAAGAUCCCUCUCCUCCUCCUCCUCUCCACACUGUACUGAAACUAAUCCAGUUUGAACCUGUUCUUACUGUCUACCUUCCAGGUUGUGUAUAAUACUACUGCUAUCUGAGAGUUAAUAUAUGAGUGCUACGGGGGCGAUAGAGACGGCCUGCUGUUAAUUAUCACUGUAGAAGAUGAUGUACGUUGUUGUCUUUAAUGUUCAGAAUAAACUUCAGUUGGACCAACA